UAGGCCUCUUCAACAUCAUCUUGAAAAUCAAAAUAUGAAUCUAUCAGACCGGGAAUAUAAUAGGAUAAUUGUUGAUAUCUCAGUAGGCGUACUUGCCAGAGCUGUUGUGCCACUUUGCGAGCUAACAAGACUGUAUGGGCAAAGAUUUGAUUGGAGGCUCGCCUGGGCAUCACGUGUCUCGGGACAGCAGAGGUACUAAAGCCCCUAGGCCGUGAGCGCACGUGGGUGACGAUAGGGCCGGCCCUCUCCGGGGUCCCUUUUGUUGAACUAUCAAACAUAAGCCAGCUCCCGAGGGCUUCAGAACAGUGUUAAGACCACUGUGUACUGCGCAAGUCCUUGGAGCAACGCCAUCAGUGUGGUAUCACUGACACACCAUCAGCAUCUCACGCAGACAGGAGCAAUCAUGUCGAGGUCUUUCUACGUAGACUCUUUGAUUAUCAAGGAUCCCGCGCGUCCGGCUCUGAGCGAGCACACGGGGCAGGACUUUCUCAUCCCCAUUGGCAUGCACUCUCCCGGCGUGAUGAGCGUCACUGCGCCCGUUUGCCCGUCCCGGAAGACCGGCACCUUCUGUGUCUGUCCGCUGUGCGUAACCUCGCAUAUCCACUCUCCCCGCGGCGCAAUCCCACUGCUGAAGGGACAGGGCUUCUCCGCCGGUGACGCGGCUUUCUGUCAGAGGGUAGCACACCAACAGAGCCCCGCGUUAGCGCACCCGGGACACGGACAUGCGCCUGUCUGCACGCCCACAAGCUACAGCGUCACUGACCCUCGGAGGUAUCACUGCCUGUCUCUAGGUGCGUCUGACAACAGCCACAUACAGAACGGCAAACGGAUGCGCACUGCCUUCACCAGCACACAACUGCUUGAGUUGGAGCGCGAAUUCUCAUCUAACAUGUACCUCUCCCGCUUACGCAGGAUCGAAAUAGCCACAUAUUUAAAUCUGUCAGAGAAACAGGUGAAAAUAUGGUUCCAGAACCGCCGCGUUAAACACAAGAAAGAAGGCAAAGGUACGCAACGGAGCGCGCAUGCAGUAUGCAAAUGCUCGGGCAGCCACUCACACUAUCCGCGCUCAGAAGACGAAGAAUCCCUAUCACCUGUAUCAGCCACAGAGGAAAAGGAGACUUCACCGAUCUAGGAGCGUCACGACCAUCACAGACUUAAGUUUGGUACCUUACAUGGCACAUUUAAAAGUACGGACCCUGUUUUUUGGGACACUGUCUUCCGUCUUUAAAUAACCACAAAGUGUGGAGAUUUAGCUACUGCCAAUUUCUUCCCUCUUUCCUCUCAAAGUAUUGUUUUACCCUGACACUCAAGUCAGUUAUUUGUCUUAUCUGUACAACAGAUUGUGAAAUAAUAGUUGUUAUGCAAGUGAUACAAUUCAAUAACUUUUUUUAUACAGUUUAUUAAGUGCAAACUUUCUUGAAACGACCACCUGUAAUCCAUUCAGUCAUCCCUGUUCCUUUUAAGGAUAAAUGUUAGACAAAUGGAGAAGAUAAAAGACUCCCUGUGUGAUAUUGUAAAUAUGCAGACUGUUAAUCCAAUCUGUCCUAGACUACUGAGAAGCUGUGAUUUUUUUUUUUUUUUUUCCACCUGAAUUUUAUGUGCCUAUUAAAAAGAAAUGUGUAUAUUUGUAUUUAUUUAAAUAAAUCACAUCUGUAACUACA